GAACAAUGAUAUACUGAAUAGCGAGUUAUCUCGUUUGCAUAGAGACAGUCUACCGUGCUGCACAUGCCUGCCCCAUUUCUUAGACGGAUUGGCUAUGAUGCUGAAUGUUGUGACUCUGAUUGGACAGCUUCCUUGUCAAACUUAGCCUAUGCGCCGCUAUCAUGCUUCUUUGAGACCAAUAUAGUCUCUAGUCCAGAGAUGCUGAUUUGGGGACACUCGUAACAUCAGAGCCACACCAGUAGUGUCUGCGGGAUGGUAACAAUAAUCAAUCCGGAACAUAUGCAGUAGGGGGGUUCCGUCGCUGAGGAUACCCGACAUACAGGAGGGGGGUCACCGUAUUUGAGGUGACCUAACAUACAAAGCAGGGCACCGUCGUUGAGGUUACCCGACAUACGAAGAGGCACGCGAACCGGAAAGAAAACAAGAAGUUAGUAGUUGUUAGAACAUAUUGAGCAGGAAAUAGUUUGAAGAAGGAGGCCGCAGAUCUGGAUAAGAGCCAGACAUUCGGGUUAGCUUUAAAUGGAGAAACAGAUGGAUUCUGAAUCUUCAAAGCAGGCCUUUAUGUCAUUAUAAAAAUGACUGUCCUGUAUAAAAAAAGCUCCUCAGACUGAACCAUGAACCAUCAUCGUUAUUGGCUUUUAAUGUCAAACGUGCAGUCUGAACAGCAUAAUGCUGUUUGAAAAAACAUCACUAAUAGGAAGAAAGCUAUUUCAAAUUCAAUACACUAGAUAGAAGUAAAUGCAACAUAAUGCCUUCAAAGGUCUCAUGCUUAUAUGUUUUGACAGUUGUUUGCUGGGCAAGUGCGCUCUGGUACUUAAGUGUAACCCGCCAAUCAUCUUCAUAUGUAGGCCAUACAUCAAUUAGUCAAAGACAGGUAGUGAAGAAAAGAAACAUAACUUUCAACAACAUUCGAACUCGCCCUUUGAAUCCGCAUUCCUUUGAAUUUCUCAUAAAUGAGCCUAAAAAAUGUGAAGCCAACACUCCCUUUCUGGUUAUCCUCAUUAGCACGACGCACAAAGAGUUUGAUGCCAGGCAAGCCAUCCGAGAGACUUGGGGGGACGAAAAUAAUUGUAAUGACAUCAAAAUCAUCACGUUGUUUCUUCUUGGCCAAAAUACAGACCCUGUUUUAAAUCAAAUGGUAGAACAGGAGAGCCAAAUUUUCCAUGACAUCGUUGUGGAAGACUUUAUAGAUUCUUACCAUAAUCUUACCCUAAAAACAUUAAUGGGCAUGAGGUGGGUGACCACUUUUUGCCCAAAGGCGAAGUAUGUCAUGAAAACAGACAGUGAUAUUUUUGUAAAUAUGGAUAAUCUGGUCUACAAACUACUGAAGCCAACAACAAAGCCAAGAAGAAGAUACUUCACUGGCUACGUCAUCAACGGAGGCCCUAUCAGGGAUGUUCGCAGUAAAUGGUACAUGCCCAGGGAUUUAUACCCUGAAAAUAAGUACCCACCCUUCUGUUCCGGCACUGGUUAUGUGUUUUCUACAGACGUUGCAGAACUCAUUUACAAAACCUCACUUCACACCACGCUGCUCCACCUUGAGGAUGUCUACGUCGGCAUGUGUAUGCGCAAAUUGGGCAUCCACCCGUUUCAAAACAGUGGCUUCAAUCACUGGAAAAUGGCUUACAGCCUGUGUAGAUACCGAAGAGUUAUCACAGUGCACCAGAUCUCUCCUGAAGAAAUGCAUCGGAUUUGGAACGACAUGUCAAGCAAGAAGCAUCUCAGAUGUUAAUGCUGUACCUGUUUAAAGAUAUAUUAUAAUUUAUUUAUUUGAGUUUAAUGCUCAAGUAAUAAGGCGGCCCAUCUAGUAAUUUAUACAUAUCACUCUGUUCCCAGCAGUUACGGGUUUUGGACAUUUUUAUCAUAACGCUGAAUGUGUUUACUGAUAUUUAGCUUUGGAGGGAGUUAAUGAACAGAUAUGGUUCCAUAUGUGCAUGUGUACGUUUAAAUAAACAUGACACUGAUGUAUAUUUUACAAAAUGUUUUAUUUAUUUAUUAGUGUCUUGAAACUAUUAGUCACUUGGCAAACCAAUAGAAGUCAGCGAUAAUGAUAUAUAGGUAAGUUGUUGCACAUUGUAUUUCAUCAAACAACACUAAAGAAGGUUAAAUUAAAAUAUAUAGUCAAGCAGGAAAUAAUGUAAAGCAUUUUGAUUGACAGUGAACUAUUUAUUUGUAGGAGCAACACUCCUAAGCAAAAACUGAAGUUUAUUAUGGUCAAUUGCUGUUCUGCUGCUACUUUGCACCGAAAAAGAUACAUGUAGAAAGUGUUUGUUCAUUGAUUGAUUAUGCUUCAGCUAAUUAAUCGCCAGCAAGUACAUGUCUUAAAGAUGUGCAAAAUUAAUUAUAUGUAAAAUUCCUAAA